AAAAAUUAUUUUCUUAUGAAUUUUAAUUUUAAAAAUGGAAAUGUCUUUAUUUUUAUAUUAUUAACACUAUUUUCUUCAACAAUAAGUGAAGAUCGACGAAGUUGGACAGACGAAGAUGGAGUUGAAGUUGAAAUUAUUAAGAAAAUACCCGAUUCGAAAUGCAAAAUUCGAAGCAAAGCGGGGGAUGAAUUGGAACAAUUUUUUAAAUUAACUGACAAAAGUGGGAAUGUUAUUGGAACUAAUUUUGGUCAGAAACCCUAUAAAUUCUCUCUUGGCCAAGGCCAGGCAAUGCGAGCUAUGGAUUCUGCAAUGACCGAUAUGUGUGUUGGUGAACAGCGUAGAGUAAUUAUACCAGAAGGUGCUUUUGGGGAUGAUGAACGUCCACAAGGGGCUCCUGAGGGGCAAUCACUUCAUUACUUUGUUGAACUAAAAUCUAUCUUUCGACCCAUUCCUGGAGACAAAUGGAUUGAUGAUGAUGGGCUUAGUAUUGAGAUAACACACCAACCACCGGAAGAAGAAUGUAAAGGAAAACGUGCAGAAAAGGGUGAUUUCCUUAAACAGCAUUAUACCGUAUUUUUAAAUGAUGGAACUUAUGUUGGCUCUUCACACGAUAGUGGAGUUACUUUUGAUUUUAGAUUAGGCAUGGGGCAGGUUAUAGAAGGAAUGGAUAGAGCAAUGACUGGAAUGUGUGAAGGUGAACGAAGACGUUUAGUAAUUCCGCCAGAAUUGGCUUAUGGAGAAAAGGGGAGAUCACCUUCCAUACCUCCAAAUUCUUGGCUUAAUUUUCAAAUAGAAUUGAAGGAGCUUAUUAAAAAAGAAAGUGAAGAAAAGCAACAGAAAAAAGAAUUUUAA